AUUGAAGAAGUAGGCAGUCAUGGGAAUCGUAUUGCUACUUGGUAUCUUCAUUGCGGUGGCUGCAAGCCCUUCUGAUGGCGCCGAAUAUACUGUACAGGUAUGUCCAGAAUAUUGGGUUCCAUUCGGAAACAAAUGCUAUCGAUUCUUCGCAUCUUUAAAGACUUGGGAUGAGGCAGAGAAGGAUUGCUCCUCCAGCGAAAACUCACAGAGUCAUCUCGUCUCCAUCGAAAGUGAAGAUGAAAACCAGUUUGUUGCUACGCUUUGGCAAACAUAUAAUAAUGAAUUAGUUGGCUUUGGAUUCACAUACUGGAUUGGUUUGAAGAAGUCGGGAACGACUUGGAGUUGGUCGGACAAUUCACCAUACCAGUACAACAACUGGUCAACAGGUGAACCCAAUAACCCUGAAACUGAAAAUUGCGUUACCCAAUGGAAUGCGGAAAAUUCAUACCUGACCUGGAAUAACCUCCGUUGCGACUAUAAGUUGCCAUACACAUGCGAGAUUUAAUCCAUUGGAUAUUAAAUCCCCCAAAGUGAUUUGAUGAAACGAUAUGUUUGUUGCACCAUAUUUAGCAUUCAAUGUAAUAAAUGGAGUACAGUAGUAAUCUGUUAUUUGAUAUUUAAUUAAAUUUAUUAAAUUUCUUUACGGUUCGAUUACAAGAGGUUGGAUUCAGUAUAUACAUUCAUUGCUAUUAUCACACUAUUAUUAUUACUAUUAUUACUAUUAUAACACUAUUAUUAUUUUUUUUACUAUUAUUAUUAUUAUUAAUAUUAUUAUUGGCAUGAAGUUAUUAAAAGUAUAUAAGAGUGCUAAAUGUAUAGAUCCUUAAAGCGCUUUAUAAUACGGAGAUUUGCCUCUAUAAACCUUGUUCCAUUAGUGAACUAACAUUUCUGAGUAGCAACAAUAGCAUUACUCUGAGUUGCAUCGAGUGACCAUUUUGAUCAGAUCAUGAUGGCCAUUAUGAGUGAAGAUCAUUAUCAACUGUUAAUUUCAUCUUAAUUAGUUCAGUUGUUUCCUCCAUAGUCAAUCAGUGGUGACGCCAGGGGCCAUUUGCCCACCCGUGGGACAAGCCUGGAACCCCCUGUCGUCCAACAAACGACUAGGUCGUCGGACCAAAAAUUUAAAAAAAUAAUAAUUUGACUAUCCAAAUAACGCUGUUUUGAUUGCCAAUCCCUAAUAUUGUUGUCUAAAAGCACAUUUAGGACCAAAUUAAGUCAUGAAAACUCUCCCUAUGAACCCUAACAGGGUUUUUUUUUUAUUCCGGGCCGUCGAAUGGGCUUCGUCGUCGCCUUGGUUCGGACCCCUCCGUUGGACACCUUGUCGGCAAACUUCUGGCGCCACCGCUGUAGUCAAUAACUACACUAACCGCUUUUAUGUUUAAGAGGCUGACGUCUUUGAGGUUCAAUAAAAAUAUAA